AUGACUGGCAGUGCUACAGCUACUGGCCUCAGCCUGACCGUGGAGAAGCAGGAGACCUGCCUGUGUCUCUCGAGUGGCAGCAGUGCAGCUGGGAGAGGGGAGAGCAAGCAGGGAGGAAUUAUCUGCAACUCUCUCUGCUCUGUCUUGCGUCUGCAGUUGUCAGCAGUUGACGUGGACCAGAGGUUGUUCCAGCCUUUCCCAUCCGAGGUGGUGUUUGAGAACUACGUUCCCCAGCAGUUCUACAUAGCGGCGCUAGCUCUGAGGAACACGGACAGGGUUCCUCGUCUGCUGAACGUCAUCCUGGGGAACUCUCCUUACUUCGAGUUGAUCAGCCCGAGUGAUGAGGACUAUAAGGUAGCACCGGGCAUGUCUUCAACCUACCGCAUCCUUUUCAGACCUGAUGAGAACAAGGAUUAUUUCGACGAGCUUAUCAUCAUCACAGAGAGGGAGAAGUUCUUUGUGCCUAUCCGAGCCAUAGGUGCCCGAGCCAGCCUGGACUUCCCUGAGCAGCUGAACUUCUCCAACUGUCCAGUCAGGUUCAGCACCCAGAAAACUCUGCUGGUGCGCAACGUGGGGAAUCGGGAGGCUUGCUACAGCAUCACCACUCUGAGCCCGUUCUCUGUGGAUCCCUCCAUUGGGACUCUUGGCGUUGGAGAAGCGAUGCAAGUCACGGUGGAAUUUCACCCGCCAAAGACCGGUGUUUAUUCCAGUCCCAUGAUAGUUCAUUAUGACACAGGUGAAGAUGUUCACAAAAGCCUUUGUGGAAGAGCUGUAAAUGUCAACAUCAGGCUUGACAAGAGCUCCUUGACGGUUGAGAAGACUUCCGUCACGCUGUCAAACCAAAGAUGCGUGGUCAUCCACAAUCAGAGUGCCAUCACGGCUCACUUCCAGUGGAAGCGUUCUGUUGAUCAGGAAGAGGAGGAGCGGCAGAAGCUGAGGUUUUGCCACCCGCUGCAGAGGCAGGAAGAGGACAAGCUGGUUGAUGUUCCUAAGGAGCACGGGGUGGUGCGCCCUCUCGGAGAACAGCCUUCCCUUCCCAUCUGCACCUCCCAGAACCAGGGGACAGAGGUGCAGGGAGACUCCGUGCCUUUCUGCAAUGAUAUUUUCACCAUUGUGCCCAUGGAGGGAGAUAUCUUGCCAAAUUCUUCACUUGAAAUCAGCGUGAUCUUUAAGCCCAAAGAAGCCGGAGUCUACCAAGAGACAGUCUACUGUGACAUCUCAGGCUGUGAGAGCAGGCUGCCCCUGUGCAUCAGCGGGGAAGGCGUCGGGCCCCAGGUGGAACUCAGCUGUGAGCAGCUGAGCAUCGGGGAGGUGUCUGUGGGCUCAAGCCACAGCUACAGGGUGAUCCUGCUCAACAGAGGAGUUCUUGAGGCUCCCUUCGGCGUGGUCUAUGCGGAGAGAGCUCUGGGCUCCUGCUUCACCUUUGCCCCCCGGGAGGGCGUGCUUUUGCCUUUCGAGCAUCAGGUCAUCUGGAUCUCCUUCAAUGCUACUGUCCUGGGGCAGUUCACAGAAGAAUUCCAGUUCAGGGUGAAGGGAUCCCCUGAGCCUCUGACGCUGACUGUGAGCGGCUGUGUCAUCGGGCCGGCAUUUCAUUUCAAUGUGUCGUCCCUCAGCUUCGGUGAAGUCUCCUUUGGCUUUCCUCGCACCCUGUGCUGCCGCCUCACUAACACUUCCCCGGUGCCCUUCAACUUCAACCUUCGCAUUCCUGGGGACGGCUCAGGAGCACCCAGCGUGACCAGUUUUGCUCAGGUGUCAGACAGCACUGGUCCGUCGUGGAGAAAGCCAGCGCGAGGUGCCAAGAAGCCAGCUGAAUUUACUAUCAGGCCCUUGACAGGGACCGUCUGCUCCAAGGGACACUUGGAUAUCCAGGUCACCCUGUGCUCCAACACCGUGAAGAGAUACAAGCUGGCCCUGGUGGUCGAUGUGGAUGGUGUUGGCAGAGAGGUGUUAUCACUGCCCAUCAGAGCCAGAUGUGGCAUUCCCCUGCUGCGAGUGCUCCACCCAGCUGUGACAUUUGGACGAUGCUCUCUCAAAGUCCCUUAUCAGCAGAUGCUGACCCUUGUGAACGACAGCAACCUGCCAGGCUGCUACUGGGCUCUUCCUCAGGAGAACAAGGAUGCUGCUGCUGUGUGGUACUCCAGCCCUGAGCCCCGUGGGAUUAUCCAGCCUCACAGCUCGGUGGAGAUCCCGUUCACACUGGAAGUCCAGGUGACAGGAGAGCAGGACACCGUUGCUCAUGUUGUGGUGUUUGGGAGUAAAGAAUCCCCACUGAAAAUCCAUUUACUGAGCACUGGCGAAGGACCAGUUGUCCACGUGCACCCAAGUGAGAUAAAUUUUGGCUGCAUCCAAGUUCUACAAGAUGCUUCCCGAAGCCUCCACCUCUGCAAUCAGUCUGUCAUCCCUGCAUCCUUCUCGGCAAAGAUGGCUGGCGAAAACGCGUGGUGGAGUAUUGGACCCAGUCAAGGAGUGAUCCCUGCCAAGGCCGAGGUGUCUGUGGUUGUCACUGCGAAUUUGGAUGACACGGAGCAAUUCAAGGACGAGGUGGUGCUGUUCAUUGAGAACAGUCAUGCCUGCGUCAUCCCCGUCCAGGCUGUUGGCGUUGGCACCACGAUUGUCGUUGACAAACCCUUUGGCCCGGAGCUCAAGCUGGGCCCCUGCUUCAGCCUGGAUCCCUGCUGUUACCGCUUCAAGAUGACAAACAAAGGACAACGCACCCAUCUGCUCUAUUGGACCACAGAAGGUGGCACCACACUUGAGCAGCGCAAGCAUCUCCCUCCCGUCAGGAACACCAAGGGCAAGGUUUCCUCCUGCGGCCCCGUGUUUAAGCUUCAGCCGCUGAGGACGGAGCUGAUGCCUGGCCAGACAGCGGAGAUGGUGCUGGAAGGCUCCUGCAGCACCCCCCAGGUGGUGAAGGAGAAGCUGCUGUGUCACGCCAUCGUGGGCAAGGAGGGAGUGAAGAAUCUGAUCAUGCAGGUGGACGUCACGUGCGAGUUCAUUGCUCCCGCCCUGCAAAUAUCCAGCAGAGAAAUCCCUUUCCGGGUGGAGAAGCACCCCAGUGAUGUCCUGACUCUUCAGUACAAGCCUCUCUCUUUAAAGAACAUCUGCUGCCUGCCCCUCACUGUGGUCCUUGCCUUAGAGCAGCCCUUCUCCAUCUGCGGUGCGGACCAGCAGCCUCUCCCUGCAGAUGCUCAGCCCACGAAGCUGAGGAGAGGGGAGGAACUUCAACUCUGCAUCGCAUUUAACCCUGCUUACGAGGAGGACUUGCUUAUCCGGGCAGCAGAGAAGGCUCUGAAGAUCAGGUUCCUGGAGCAUCCUCAUGAAGAGCAGGUCACUGUUCGGGGAGAAGUCUACUUCCCGAAUCUCCAGCUCCAGACCACGGCCCUGGACUUUGGCUGCAUCUUGAAUGACACCAAGGAUGUGCGUUACAUGGAGAUGAGCAACUGCAGCCCGCUGGUUGUCCAGUACCACUGGUCAUUCCUGAAGGACAGCCAGGUGAACCCAGUGAGGUUCCUGGAGACAGAGCCCCUCGCCUUGGGUGUGGAGGAGGUUUUCGAUAUCCUGCCGCUGCACGGUGAGCUGCAGCCGGGCCAGAGCCAGCGUGUCACCUUCUCCUUCUUCGGCCACGCCAACACCGUCACCCAGGUCACGGCGCUGUGCAGGGUGGAGGGAGGCCCGAGCUAUGAGGUGGCUCUGCGUGGGGAGGCCUCGCGCAUCAGCUACCUCCUGGACACCACCGAGAUCGACUGCGGGCUGCAGGUGUUUAACAAAGUCACGGAAGCAGCGGUGACCCUGCAGAACAGCGGGAAGCUGGGAUUUGCCUUUGUGGUGCUGAGCCCCGGCACAGGCACUGCAGCCAGCCCUCUGCCUGGCGUGCCCCUGGUCGUGCCUAGCACGGGUUACGCUGAACCUGGCAAGCAGCAAGUGCUCAAAGUCUAUUACCUGCCAGGAGUGCCUGGAGUCUUCUGCAGGGCUUUCCAGAUCCAAGUGGGUCACCUGGAGCCAGAGAAAAUCACGCUGAAAGGAGAAGGGACCUUUCCCAGGAUCCACUUGGACCUGCCCAGGAACAUCAAAGGCAAUGCCAAAUAUGAGAAGAUCCUCCAAAAGGCCAAAGAAAAGGUGGACAAAGGCAGACAGAGAGAGGAGGCCAUUGCUCUGGGGGAGGCUGUGGCAGGCGAGCCCCGCAUGGACGACUCGGGCACCGUGUGGGAUGCUGAGCUGCAGAUGCAGAUGGAGGAGAUGCUUAUUGAGGAGCAUGCCUUGGAGCAGCAGAAAGCUCUCACGUCCCGUCCUGCGGAGGACACUGCCUUUCACCAGCGUGUACAUCGGAGGCUUCUCAAAGCUGAGCUGCCCGAAUACGUCCUGGACCUUGGCUAUGUUGUUCCCGGUGACAUCCACACACGCAUCGUGAAGGUCACCAACACCGGGCACUUCCCUGCAUCUUUCCAUGUUGAUGGAUAUGUCCUAGAUAACACAGGCUUCAGCGUGUGCCUGGACCGUGUGAAGCGCCUGCCCUCCUGUGAGAGCAAGACAUUUGAAGUGUGCUUCGACCCACAAAGUGCCAGCCGGCCUCUGGGAAAGGUGGAUGUGCUCCUGCCCAUCAAGGUCAGAGGAGGCCCCACAUCGCAGGUCCGCCUCCGUGCCAUCGUGGCUGAGCCGUCCCUCAGCCUCUCCAGGGACAGGCUGGAGUUCUCCGCUGUCCAGUGUGGGCAGUGCCAGGAAGAAACCAUCCAGCUCCACAACACGUUCCAGGUCCCCUGUCAAUGGUCCAUCAGCGUGAAUGAGCCUGUUAAGGAGGUAAAGCGCAGACAAGGUGUAACACGCAGCUUCUCGGGUGGGUUGUCUUUGCCUCUCUUGCCUUUCCUGCCCCUCUGGCUGCCUGAGCACUUGGGCUGCAGCUGGCUUGAGGGAGCUUUUGAGGGUACAGAGCAAGGCUGGUUCACCUGGGUGAACAAACAUCUGCCGGCGAGCGAGCAUCAGAAGCUGCUCGAGGAGAUGAAGUCUGCGCCCUGUGGCUUCGAGGUGCUGCCGUCAGCUGGAACGCUCGCUCCAGGACAGCAGUGCCAUGUCCAAGUCCGUUUUUCACCCACGGAAGAGAAGUGCUACCGGGGCGAGCUGCACAUCCAGAUUUGCCAGAGCAGCCAACGCCUCCAGGUGCCGGUCUUGGGACGUGGUCUGGAGCCACGGCUGGAGUUCAGCCCCGCGGAGCUCGAGCUGGGACCGCUGCUGCCACAGAGCCAUGGGGAAGAGGGGACAGUGGUGGUGAAGACCCCCUGUGAGGUUUACUCGCUGGAGUUUGACCAGCAGCGCCUUGCUGAGGAGCAGCUCCUACGGACACCGCAAGGUGACAACAGCCACAACAGCUUGUUGCUGCCUCCCUGUGCCCCGGCCGGGAAGCUGACCGGUGAGGCCCAAGGAAGGGGCAUAAAAGUGAAGGUUGACGUUGUGGAUCCACCGGGAAAGGUGGUGAAGCUAGGAAACGUCUGCAUUGGGCAGACGGUGAAGAAGAUCGUCACCAUAGCCAACAAGAGUGCAGCCCCUCUGGCCUUUCAGCUCAGAGUCACAUCCACCGCGCCAGAGUUGCAGGAAGCUGGGGUUCUGUGCUUGAAGCCCAGCAAGGAGCUAAAGCUGAAGCCCAGAGGAGACAGAGGCAAAGUGGAGGUGACCUUCUCCCCGAAGCGCCCCAUCCAGCCGUUCAGCGGGGAAGUGCUGCUGGAGUGCGGCGGGCUGGCGCGCUCCCUCUUUGUGGUGCGGGGCUCCUGCCAGGGCAGCCUCGUGAGCUUGGACCAGGAGCAGCUCAGCUUUGGAGCCGUGGUGCAGCAGAGCUACACGUGGCGGCGCGUGGUCAUGCGGAACGCGGGCGUCACAGGAGUCAGGUUUACGUGGGACGUGGAGAGCUUCAAGCCGGACUUUUCCAUCAGCCCCACGAAGGGUUACAUCAGCCCAGGGAGGGAUGUCCCCUUCGUUGUGACCUUCCGCCCCUCGAAGCUGAGCCAGGCUGUCCAGUACGAGGGGCUGCGGUGCUUCAUCCAGGGCAGUGAGGCGCUGCGGCUUACGCUGUCAGGAUCCUGCGUGGAGGCCCCUGGCCCCAAAGAGACCCUGACUUUCAGCUGCAGUGUGCGUGAGAGGCAGAGCCAGACCAUCCUCCUUUCCAACCCAAGCAACGAGGCCUGGACCCUGCAGCCCAUCAUUGAGGGGAAGUACUGGAAAGGGCCUGAAUUUAUCCAUCUGGAGGCCAGGCAAAAAGAAAAGGCCUACCAGGUCACCUACAGACCCCUAAGCAUGAGCUCUGAGAACAAGAAGCAUCAGGGCUCCAUCUUCUUCCCCCUGCCGGACGGGACAGGCUUACGCUACCACCUGGAAGGAACUGCUGAAGCCCCCCGGUGUUCAGGGGCCAUUUCCCGGCAGGUUCCAUGCAGGAGUUCCCACACGGAGCUCAUCCCUGUGUCCAACUGGCUGCACAGCCCACAGAGGCUCCUGGUGGUUAUUGACAUGCUGAAACCAGAGAACGUGGAAAGCAGUUCUGUGCUGCAGGGGUGUUCCUACAUUGACGUGCCAAGCUCUGCAAAGAAGGACUACCAGCUCACCUUCUUCUCCUACAAAGAAGGAGUCUUCAGGGCAAAGGUGACCUUCCUCAACGAGACAACCGGAGAGUACUUGUUCCACGUGGUGACUUUCAAGGUGACGGCUUCGGGACCCAUCGGCACUGUGAAAAUGAGCACCGCUGUUCGGCAGAGGGUGUCCUCCACCGUCAAGGUGGACAACCCUCUGCCUGUCCCGGUGACGUUUGACGUCACCUGCGAAGUGCCCGACGUCAGCGCUCCACAGCACUUUACUGUUCCUGCACAGUCGAAGGCGGAUCUUGUCUUGGAGUAUCAGCCCCUGAAAACGGGUGAGAGCACCGGGCACCUGGUGCUCCAGAGCAGCGACUUGGGCUCUCUGUCUUACAACCUGCAGCUGAAAGCCAUCUCGCAGAGGCCAGAGAAGCCCGUGUAUUUCCGCGCCACGCUGGGCUCCCGUCAGACCAUCACCACCAAAAUACGGAAUUUUGCCCAGCAGAAGACCGAGUACCUGCUGCAGACCGACUGUGCCGACUUCCAGACGGCAAAAUCCAUCAGUGCGGCACCUGCUGGCGCUGGGGGCUCGGACCUGAGCGUGGAAGUGACCUUUGAGCCCUGCCAGCUGGGCGAAGCCAAGGCCACGCUGCAGCUCAGCUCCGCAUUGGGCGGGCAGUACCGCAUCCCACUCAUCGGCCUUGCACUGCCCCCUGAAGCCCAGGGCCCCUUCCUCAUCCCAGCCGGCGGCUCCACCUCCAUCUCCUUCAGGAACGUCUUCCCGAAGGCCACGGCGUUCCAGUAUGCAGUAAAGCACCCGGCCUUCACCGUCAGGGCCCCCGAGAUGCUGCGCGCCAAGAGCAGCACCACCAUCACCGUCUCCUUCAGGGGCGGCCGGGCUCCUGUCACCAGCAGGCUGGUGGUCUCUUGCCCUGGGGGCUCCUGGAUCUACCACCUCCGGGGCCUGCCCUCCACCCUCAAGUGACCAGCUGCCCGCGGCCCUUCCCGCCACGUUCGUGCUCUCUGGAGCAAAUAAAUUUCAUUUAAAUCCCUCC